UUUGAUUUUCUUUCUUUACAGUUUUUAUUAUACAUGUUGUUUUGGAUAACAAUACAGAAACACAUGAACGAUGGAACAAGAAAUAAGAGCCGUUGUUGUCGGGUGGCAGAAAUCUGACAAAGCCUCAGUGAUAAACAGUGUUUUAGGAGUUGAGGUCGAGUCUGGCGAAUACUUUGUGAAGUCUGUGAAGAGAGACGGUGAAGUGAACGGAAGGAGGAUAUCUCUGAUCAACACGCCGUGCUGGUGGGAGAUUUAUGGUUUGCAGGAUUCACCAGCGGUUGUCAAACAAGAACUGGUUUGCAGUGUUUUUCUGUGUGAACCGGGACCUCACGUCUUUCUGCUGGUCAUUAAUCUCAGUUUGCCGUUUACUAAAGAAAACAGAUUCAGCAUCGAGAAGCACCUCGGUCUCUUUGGUGAGAGAAUCUGGAGACACACAAUAGUGAUCUUUACAGGAGCCGACAAAUCCAUCGAGCAGCACAUAAAGAAUCAAGAUCUUCAGCAGAUCAUACAGAGAUGUGGAGAAAGAUAUCAUGCUUUUGAGACUGAAAAUAAAAGUGCAGGAGUCCAACAACUGCUUAUGAAGAUUGAAGAUGUUGUGGCAGCAAACAAUGGAAAGCAUUUUGAAACUCAUGAUGAUGUGCUACUAGAGAUAAAGAAAAACAGAGAAGUAAUAAAAGAAAGAGCAAAAGCCAGACAGAAAUGGUUGCAGGACAAACGAGACGCACUGAAAGAAAUAAAAGAUGAAUGUGUGGCUCCGCUCUCAAAACUGAGGAUUGUUCUGCUGGGAUGGAUCAUGUCUGGGAAGAGUUCAGCAGCAAACACUAUUUUUCAUAAUAAAACAUUUGAAAUAGAAGAUACAAAAAAGUGCACAAAAUAUUCUGGUGUUGUAAAUGACAGAAAUCUGACUGUGUUGGACACUCCUGAGUGGUGGAAGUACUUUGCGCCUAAAUUCAACCCAAAGUUUGCACAGACUUCAAUCCUGGAGAGCGUGGGACAAUCACAACAAAUGAAAUGCCCUCACGCCAUGAUCCUAGUGAUUCCUACUGAUACUUCAUUCAGUAGCGAACAGAAACAAAUCAUUAAACAGUACAUGGCCACUCUAGGAGACGACGUCUGGAGACACACUAUAGUUCUGUUCACGUGGGGCGACAGAUUCCCAGACAUCUCCAUCGAGCAGCACAUUGAGAGUGAAGGUGAAGCUCUUCAGUGGCUGGUUGAGAAAUGCAGGAACAGAUAUCACGUCUUUGACAACACAGACAAGAAGAAUCGAGAUCAAGUCACAGAGCUGCUGCAGAAGAUUGAUGAAAUGGUGGCAGAAAACAGUCUGUUCAGUCUCAACACUGACUGUGCUGCAGUGAACCGUUAUGAGACCGACACACAACAAGACGAGGAAUUAAGUCUGAACACUGAACAAUUACUGAUGUUAAUGUUCCAGGAGCUGAAAAACAGGCAUAAAGGCAUGAAAUGGAAGCUACAAGAAUUAGAGAUGGACAUCACUGGAUGCAUAGAAGCCAAAAGUGAUCAAAGCAUGGAAUAUCCUAUAGAAUUGAAAGCUGAUGAGAAACUCAUGGAGAAGGUAAGGAGAGAAGGAAGCAGAUGGGAAGCGAUUUUAAUGGACGGGAUCUUGAACAUUCAGAAUCCUGAAGCAUCUUGUGAUGAAAAUAUGAGCGUCAAUGAAAAGAUGUCUUGGUGGUUUCAAAAAUACGAGGAAUACAGCCCAUCUGAAACAUCGGGAUAUAAAACAGAACAAACUGAUCCAGUAGAGCAUCCACAGAAUCUAGAGUCAGAUAAUACAUCUGAACUGGAUGAAAAUGUUUGUUAAAACCAGUUCGCAAAGUAAAACUAGCUCUUACUUUAAAAUAUGUCAGACAUAGGACUAUGCAAUUUGCAAUUUUAGAAAUAAUUUGUUAAAUGUUUUUCUAAUUAUGAAUAUUUAUUAAUGUUUGUGUAUUUCUAAUUAAUAUUUGAUAUUGUUGUAUAUAUUGUGUAUCAUUGUUGUAUAUUAUCUAAAAAACAUAUAUAACUUUACAUUAUAAUUUUCAUAAUUUGAAGUCAAUUUUAAAAUUAAAACUUUAAACACCCCUCAGAGACUUUCACUGGAACUUUUCUGUUGAUAUAGCAAUUUUAAUUAAUUUGAUUAACUUUAUUUUGAAAUUAUUCAGGUUAAUGUACUAACUUCAGGGGUGUCCUUUUGAUGUUAGAUAAAUAAUUUAUGCUACAAUGUUAUUUGUUGACAGAUACUUUUAGAUACUUUCAUAAUCAUACUAUACUGUGAAAUAUUUUACAGGCCUUAUUUGAAAAUAUCAGUGGCUUUGGUGUAAUA